GGCGGGGUCAAGUCUGCCAGACGCGCCGGGAGGAGCCGGGGGUGGUGGCAGGCGCGGGGGCCGGCGUCGGAGACUGUGAUUCGGUCUUCUGGGCGAUCGAUUGCUGGACCAGCGGCGGUCCCGUGCUCCCCGGCCUGCGCGCGCCAGCUGCUCUGGGUUCCCCAGGCCGAGGCGCCGGCGGCUGCGGCAGGCCGGUGUGGUGGGCAGAGGGAGGCUCGGAGGGCGCGGGCGCCCGGUGCACGGAGCAGGCGUGAGGCAGCCGGGGGCCGGGACGCCAUGUCCAUGGAGGACCCCUUCUUUGUGGUGAAAGGAGAGGUACAGAAAGCAGUCAACACUGCCCAGGGCUUGUUUCAGAGAUGGACAGAGCUCCUCCAGGACCCCUCCACAGCAACAAGGGAAGAAAUCGACUGGACCACCAACGAGCUGAGAAACAACCUCCGGAGCAUAGAGUGGGAUCUGGAGGACCUCGACGAGACCAUCAGCAUAGUUGAAGCAAACCCUAGAAAAUUCAACCUUGAUGCGACUGAAUUGAGUAUAAGAAAAACCUUCAUCACAAGCACUCGGCAAGUUGUCAGGGACAUGAAGGAUCACAUGUCACCUUCCUCUGUGCAGGCAUUAGCUGAACGAAAAAACAGACAGGCACUGCUAGGGGACAGUGGUGGUCAGAACUGGAGUGCCGGAAUGACGGAGAAGUAUGUGCGCCUCGACCGCGAGCUCCAGUUAGCCAACUCCCAUUUCAUCGAGGAGCAGCAGGCCCAGCAGCAGCUGAUUGUGGAGCAGCAGGAUGAGCAGUUGGAGCUGGUCUCUGGCAGCAUCGGGGUGCUGAAGAACAUGUCCCAGCGCAUCGGAGGGGAGCUGGAGGAACAGGCAGUCUGCACCUUGGACAGCAAAAUAGUGUUAGCUUCCUGGAGCCACUUCUCCCCGUGGGAAAACACUGGCUUCUCUGCGGGUGUAGGUGAGGAGCACACACCGUCAGGAAUGGCAGUCCCAGGGCCUCCCGGCGUUAUGACAAAGCACAGAGUGCAUUACAGGCAAUGAUUAUUAAAGUAUGUUUGGCUCCUGUCGCCACGAAGUGCUUUGUGUUAUGACCUGGUGCUCACGAGACCCCCGGCAGGGAAGCUACCCCAUUUUACAGAUGUGGAAACUGUGCCAAAGAGUUGUGGGGUGCCUUGUCAAGGUAGCAGGGGAAGCAAGUGGCAAAGCCUGGUUGUCUGACCUCACACAGCCUCUUUCUAGAGCACUGCAUUGCCACUGAGUUUCUGUUCUUCUAUCAGUCAGCUCCACACUGCCUGGUCUACAUUUCUAAAAUCUACAAAGCUCUAAAAAAAUUUUUUUUAAGUUUUCAGCAAGCCCAUAUUACAGGAAACCUAACCUGAACUCACUGCAGCUAUGAUUCCUGUUAGUUUCCUCUGCAGAAACAUUAACAUGCUUGAUUAUGGGGUCUGCCCCAGACCCUGCUUGUGAGUGCUGGCUAAUAUCCAGCAUAUGUAAUUCAUUGCUUUUUUAAAUUCCUAAAAUUCUGAAAUCAAAAAAACAUGUCUUGUGCUAAGGAGUUUGGAUAAUAGAUUGAUCAAACCCCCACAUUACCUGUUUUAGGUUUGCUAACACUGAGGUGUGGGGUAAGAUCAUACCUUACCAUGAUUUAAUUUCAUGGGCAGCGCGUUGCCAAGACUUUGUGCUUACCAGCCAC